CACACUACAUGCCAUCUUAUGGUGUUUCUCGAUUCUUUACGUUCAUGUUUUCAGGGGGUGAUGAUCCCGUGAUGGGGUAUCCAAGUUGUCUUGUCAGCUUAGUUAGCUAGCUAUCGGCAUACUGUAUAAGACAUCUUCUCAAGUUGCCUGGAACCAAUGGCACCGAUGUUAUACUAGCGCAAUUUAUAACAGAAUACAACACUCGGAGGUGGAAGCUGUUUUGUACGCUGUUGCUUUUAAAAAUAGCCCAGUGCAUGCUUAAAUAAGCAGGCUGGCUUAAGCAGCUCAAGCACACGUUGGUCUCAAAGUUGAAAAUGAAUGAUUCUGAAAUUAUUCUCAUUCUGGUGUUUUCUGCUCGAGUAGGCCUACAGACAAAAGCACAGACAUUAAGGGGGCAUGAUGACAUACAGGUGGUUACUUUCAAGACAGUAGAAACAUAAUGUAGAAAAAACAAACAAUUGAUAGGUAUCAUUCAUAGCAUGCAUAUAGACGAAUGUCCUGUUUUUACUAUUCGUUUUUUUGGUGUGUCAGGUAUGUAGAGAGUUAUGGAAGAAGUAUGUUGUACUAGUAGGCUAUGUUAUUUUAUGAUCUUUUGCUGGCAUUGAAUUAUUUGUUAUCUCAGUGACCGGAACUAGAUAUAACAGCCUACUGUAUUAGUUAUGAUUUUGAUCUCAAUUCAACUCAAACAACAUUGUUCUUGUAGAUGGACAUCAGAAAGUUAUUCGCUCGGAGCAGGGAUAAAGCAGCAAGGAGAAAUGAGAGAGCUACGCUAGACAAAGAGGAGCAGCAGAGUGCCGGAGGAGGUGACGGAGGAGUUGAAGGAAAAGGUGAAGGAGAGAGGGAUGUUGAUGAGCACGAGCAGAGACUCAGUGCAGCAGAGUGCAGAGGAGAGGAGCAGAUUGAAGGGACGCAGGUAGAGUUGGCAUUGAGAGAUGACACUGACAGACAGGAGAAUCAGAGGGCAGAAGAGAAUGAGCUGGUUGAGGCAGGGGAAAUGCAGAGAGAGAAGGAAGGACAACAGGAGACAGACAGGCCAGAGAGAUCACACCCCAGAUAUGAGACUGAGAAAACAGUUGCCACAGUGGCAGAGAACAUUAGACUGGGGGCAAGAGAAAAAAGCAGUGUCCACAAUGUUGAGGGACAUACAAGUGAUCUUGGGGGAAAGGAGUCUGGCCCAAACCAAGUUAAGUUGUCAAAAUAUCCCCAGCACAACUUUGGUGCCAAGAAUCGAUCCUUUAACGCCAACUGUGUUGUCGAGCAGUUGGAUUCUGCAAGUGAGCGUGAAAUCAAAGAGAGACGCGAGUACCUCAGCCGGGUUGUGGCUGUUACCAAGUUUUUGGGUAAACAAAAUAUCCCAUUCCGUGGCCAUGAUGAGGGCAUGUCCAGCGACAACCAGGGAAACUUUCUGGAGUUCUCCCUUGUUAACCACGACAAGUUUAAGGAGACCCAGAAACAGCUUGGCCUACAGCCUUCUGAGCUGGUACAGCUGUCCAAGACCCGAUGGUCGUGCCAGCUGAGGUCAAUCAACGCUAUGAUAGAGAAUUUCCCCGCAGUUCUCACGUGCCUGUCCAACAUCAGCAACCCCACGGCUGCCUGUAACCCAGGCUCGAGCACCUUUCUCAAAGAGGAGGACCUCAGAGGUCUCGCAGAUCACUACAAUGUUGAUCUUAAACAAGAGGAGGUGUGGCUGCAGUUGUGA